AUGAUGAAAUCGCCACGUCACGACUUCAUGCUCCAAGCCCGAUUUGAGCAGCCACCAGAAACACUGUGUAGGUAUUCGCUCGCAAAGACCAUCGACGUUGGCGCUAUCGAACCUGACGUGUUCGUCGACGGUGAACGGAUAUUCUUCGAUAUGCCGUGGAAGAAAAUUCAGUUGUUCAAAGGAGUAACAAUUCGUUCUCCACCACGAAACAUGAACCAGUCGGAGCUGGAGAUCAUGUUCGCAUCUGGUGCAGGUCUCCGAAUUGAGGAGAGUCGAGGUCUCUUGAAUGUCAUCGUUGCGCUACCACAUGGAUUCAGCGAAGUUGAUGGACGCCUUUGGGAUGCUCCCAAGGAAGAGCCGUACUUCUGGGAACAAACCACAACUCAAAUAAUGGUACUCACUCGAUUUGACAAAUGUUCAACGCAUUAUCGGACUGUUGGACUUCUAGGUAUGAGAGAUUCUGAAAUUAGCUUGAACUUUUUUGUUCCAUGA